UCCCCGCAGGUCGGCGGCAGAAUAGCGGACAGGGUGUUCGACAUCACCAGAGCAUUUCCUCUUGCUUUGGAUAUUGGCUCUGGAAGAGGUUACAUAGCUCAACAUUUAACUAAGGAAACUGUUGAAAAACUUGUUCAAGUAGAUAUUGCAGAGAAUGCUCUAAAAAAUGCUAUGGAAACUGAAAUCCCUACAGUCACUGUUGUAGCUGAUGAGGAAUUCCUUCCCUUUAAAGAAGAUACAUUUGACCUUGUUGUUAGCAGCUUAAGUUUACAUUGGGUGAAUGACCUUCCUAGAGCUUUUAGAGAGAUUCAUCAAGUUCUUAAGCCAGAUGGAGUAUUCAUUGGUGCAAUGUUUGGAGGAGACACUCUGUAUGAACUUCGCUGCUCUUUGCAGCUGGCAGAAUUAGAGAGAGAAGGGGGAUUUUCUCCUCACGUAUCACCUUUCACUGCUGUCUCGGACUUGGGGCAUCUGCUGUCAAGAGCUGGCUUUAACACCCUGACUGUGGAUACUGAUGAAAUUCAAGUAAACUAUCCAGGAUUGUUUGAGGUUAUGGAAGACUUGCAAGGUAUGGGGGAGAGUAACUGCUCUCGGAAUAGAAAACCUCUGCUACAUAGGGAGACGAUGUUGGCAGCUGCAGCAAUAUACAAAGUUAAGUAUUUAACAGAAAUGUAUGGAAAUAGUGAUGGCUCAGUCCCUGCCACGUUUCAGAUAUACUACAUGAUAGGCUGGAAAUUCCAUGAAUCACAGGCAAGACCAGCCCGGAGAGGUUCUGCAACAGUUUCAUUUGGAGAUCUGGCAAAAAUAAAUGGACUUCUUUCAAGAAGAAAAAAAUAGUUCAUCAAAAACAAUAGUUGUUUAGGAGCUCUCAUAAAAUGUCUCAUUAUUGAUGCUCUCCACUUUGUUGGGUUGCUUCUGUUAUGACACUUCAAAGUGAUGAUAAUCUGCAUGCAGCAGGGUGGGGUUUUUUUCCCCUUUUCUCCUCUCUGCCUAUGCUAUAUUGUUAGCUAUGUUUUUAAAAAUAAAAUAAAAAGCAUUAAUGAAUGUUUCUAGAGAAACACUUUUGCAGUACUCUAACUGAAUAAAUGCUCUCAACUUUUGAUAAAUCACUAUUCUCAAAUGUAAUGCAUCUUACAGUAUUUCAGUACCACCGACUGCUCCAGAGGGGGUGAUAUUUUGUAAGUGUGUGUAUAUGCCACACUGCAUUAUUUUCAUGUUAUUCCUUAAAGAUGGCAGAUCGUAACAACAGUAUUUGAGGGCAAGUGGCUAUAUAAGAUAUAAGAGAAAACUUUAGCAAAUACACAGCUUCAACUCAAUAUGCAAUAUAUUUCUUGUGCAUUUGAAAUCAUGGGUAAAAUCUUACUGUUAGUUAUUGUUUGAAAUCUUAAUGUUGGACUUUGGAAAACUUUCAGUUUCUCAUAUAUAAAAUCAGUUUCUCAUAUAUAUUAUAAAUAUAUCCUAAAUGGCUACCUUUAACCUACAGCCCUCAAAUUCAUUUACUUAGCCCUCCCUCCCCAAAACCAGAAAUAAUUGUUUCCUUAUGGCUGAGUGCCACUGCUCAUGUGGAGAAGCUGAAUGCUUCAUUGUAGCUUUAACAGCAUCUAUGUAUCAUGAUUUGACUUAGUUGAUGGAAAGGAAGCAGGAGAGUCACCUAUCAGUCAGAUGACUUGUACUUUUUAAAUGAACUAAUUAGGUUUGUACUGGUUUUCUCUGGUAUCUUUCUUCUUCUCAGUUACUUUUGGAGUUCCAAGGCCUCUUUAUAGCUGUUCCUGUAUCUGUUAGCAUUUGACAAUUAAAGGUGGUUGUUACGGAUCACUAUCAAGAGGUAUCAAUCUUGAGAGAGGGAUCAAUGCCUAUUAACAGGAAUAGAUAUCCAUAGAUGUUGAUCCCUAGCAAUAUGUAUGGAAAAGGAUACUCCUCAAGGUGUAUCAAUAUUGAGCAUGCUCAAUGUUGAGGGUCAGUGUUGCCUACUGACACCAAAAUGAGUCCGAGACCCAAAGCCAGAGAUGCCGCUUGAGACAGAUUAUUAACUUACUGCUUUUCCAUAACAACUCAAGUUUUAACUGACAGAAGUGUUUUUAGUCACUCUAACAGCCAUGCACCUAUCUCAGAAAUAACUGACAUUUUGGUCAGAAACUCACAGUACACUUGAAGAGAAUCUCAGCGUUACUGCCUUUCCUUUCCCCUUUUCCCCCAGGGGACUACUGCCUGUUGCUCCAUCUCAGCUUGCACAUUUCCAUUUCUGCUCUUAGCUCCCUCAUCAGAGUUCUUGAUGAUACUUGUGUUUGCUGGCAAAAGGUGGCGGCGUGAUUCUAGGGCGUUUGUCCUAGAUGACCCAAUUUAUUUCUGUUAACUUGCGGACAUUAGUGCAGUCAAUGAAACUUAACUAUCCUGUCAUUAGUCCUGAGAAAAGUCGUUCAAUACUAACGACCCCUACAUUAGCAAGAAGAAAAACACUUACUACAUUCAAUGGAAACUAUUUUCUGAACUACAUAACAGCAACCUUAAUUAUCUUACUUCUUCAUUCUAACGCUAAGUUACAUAAAAAAAAAACAAAAAACUUUCAGCACAAAGAUGUGUUGUCUGCUAUGCUGAGUACCUCUCAUCCCAUGUUUAACAAAACUCAAACCAAUAUAGACAAAGACUCUAAUAACAAACCCUAACAUCCUAUACUGUUGCCUAGUUUCUCUUAAAUCUUUGCAACUGUAACCUGAUGUGUCUAUUGGCCUCUGUAUUCCA